AUGAAAUAUAUAGAAUUAAUAAUCUUAUUUUUAAGUAUAUUAUUAGCAGUAGCGUUUUUAACGGUAGCAGAACGUAAAACUAUGGGAUAUAUGCAACGUCGUGUAGGACCAGAUGCAGUAGGAUAUUUAGGAGUAUUAAUGGCGAUAGCAGAUGCAGCCAAAUUAUUAUUAAAAGAAAUAAUAGUACCUACACAUGCAGAUAAAUUAAUAUUAUUUAUAAGUCCAAUGAUAGCAUUAAUUUCAUCAUUAUUAUGUUGAUCUGUUAUACCUUUCGCCCCUGGUGUAGCUAUUUAUGACAGUAAUUAUGGAUUUAUAUUAACUUUAGCUAUUAGUAGUGUUGGAGUAUUUGGUACUUUACUUGCUGGUUGAUCCGCUAAUAGUAAAUAUUCUUUACUUGGUAGUAUCCGUUCUACAGCUCAAUUAAUUAGUUAUGAAUUAAUAUUAACUACUAUUAUUUUAUUAUGUAUCUUAUUAGCAGGUACUAUGAACUUAUCUAAAUAUGUUGAAUUACAACAUAAUAUAUGAUUUGGUAUUCCUUUAUUACCUUUAUCUAUAAUGUGAUAUAUUGGUUGUGUGGCUGAAACAGCCAGACCUCCAUUUGAUACAGUUGAAGCUGAAUCUGAAUUAGUUUCUGGUCAUAUGACUGAAUAUUCUUCUUCUAUAUUUGUUCUAUUCUUCUUAUCUGAAUAUUCUGCUAUUUUAUUCUUAUCUACUUUAACUUCUAUAUUAUUCUUUGGUGGUGGUACUGGUAUUAUUCUAGCUAUUAAAGCUAAUAUAUUUGCAUAUACUUAUAUCUGAGUACGUGCAACAUUACCUAGAGUUAGAUAUGAUAGAUUAAUACAUUUAUGUUGAAUGAUAUUCUUACCAUUAUUAUUUGGAAUAGCAAUAUUUAUACCAACAUUAAUAUAUUUUAUAGAUAGUAUAAUAAUAUUAUAA